AUGGGGGGUGAAAAAAACCGACCCGAACCGAUGACCCGAUUCGACCCGAUUCGGUUUGGGUUGGACCGGUUAAAAUUUUUCUUUGCCUGCAUCUGCGAUUUCAUUUCCUCUCCUCUUCGUCGACUCUUCUUCACCUCUUCGUCUGCAAACUCCGUCGGCAUCUUCUCUUCGUCUGCAUCGGCGUCGGCAUCAACUCUUCAUCUUCAUCUCUUCGCCACUCCAUCGUAUUCAUCCUCCGAUUACAGCCUCCUCAAGCUUUCUUGUAGCCUUCAAGAUCUUCAGAUUCUCAGAGUCUUGAAGCACAGUGAUGGAAGCACUUCUUUAAGAACGACAGAACCAGAUCCCAGUGGGAUGUUCUCUCGGAUGGCAAUCCAGUUCAAGAGGUUGCUCAUAUAUCCAACGGUGUAUCCAAUUCAACACUAUUUUUGGAUCUAUGCUCCACAACUGUUUGGGUCUUACAUAACACAUUGA